AUGCAGCUUCGCUGGAGCGGCCACCUGGUGCGCAUGGAUGACGAGCGUCUACCCAAACGACUCUUCUACGGAGACGUCGCGACGGGUUCUCGUCGUCAAGGAGGCCAAAUUCGCCGUUACAAGGAUACCCUGAAGUCCUCCCUGAAGCGCCUGCAAAUCAACCCGACCAACUGGGAAGAGCUCGCUCGCGAUCGCCCGACAUGGAGGAGAACAGUGAAGACGGGCGCUGCUAUCUACGAAGCCAACCGCAUCGCAGCCGCCAAAGUGAAACGCGAAGCCCGCAAAUAA